CGCAACAGUUUGCAGUAAAGGUUGUAUUUUGAAGCAUCUACUUUUGGUGCACAUGCUAUGCUUUAUGGAAAGAAUGAUCAAAUAUGUUUGAAGAGAUGAGAAAUGCAAAAUUCUGGUUGAAGGAAGAACCACUUGGAAGACCUAAGAGUUAGGCUCAAUAAUGCUCUUAAUCUUCCACUGCAGUACCGUUGUGAUGAGCUUGCCAACAUUUUUGAGGAAUUUGGUAAUAAGGAGCUUCAGAUGAUACUUCCUCAGCUGUUGGAAAGCCUUUUUGGACUUACAGAUCAAAUGGGGUGGGGUUUGAGGACAAUAUACCACAACAUGCAGCCAUGUGAAUUUGAUAUUCUCUUCAGAUUCCUGCACCCUCAUGGUGCUAUGUUUAGACUCUGCUAUAAACUGCUUACAGAUUUUUAUGCAAAGUAUGAAUUUCCAUUAACAUACCUGCCGGGAAAAGUAAGGAAGCAGAUUGAAGAUGGAAUGGUGCCUCCCUUCUACAGUAAUAAAGUGCAGCUUGACCCUCAAACAAGGGUGCCAAUAUCAUUAACUUUGAAUUCCUUUGAGUUCUAUAUAUUCCACUUUGCAUAUCAUCUGGUGAACCCAUGGCUUCAGAGAGUGAUGGACCAUGGCUCGUGGUCUCUGUGGGAGACAGUGUACAAACAUCUUGCAGAAGAGUACCUUGUACACUUCUUGCCAAGUGAUGGUUCUUCAGUGCUGCCAUAUGCUGGAUGUUACAUAUAUCCAAAAAGCUCAGUGUCAUUUCAAGCAGUGAGCAGGCCUGCCCGUUCCCCGACAUUAUUUCGACAGUCAGUUGUAUUGAAGCAAGGCAGUACAUCAAGUUCACUACAUUCAUCCCCAUCCUUGCCACAGCAAAGUUCUCUUGUUGAGAUAUGGAGAAGUGAAUCUGUGAUUCAGGUGUUUAUAGACUUCUGGCUAAGUUAUGGAGAGAGAGAUAUGUCAUACCUAGGCACUGCGACACCAUCUAGGCAUUACUAUCCAACAGUAGCAUCCAGCUCAUACUUUCACAGUCAAGUGCAGCCUCAACCGAACUUUGCUUUGUGUCAGUGUCCUUGUUACCUUCAUAUUCAGAUGCAGCCUCAACCCAACAUGGCUUUGCGUCACUAUCCUGAUUUGCUGCCCUCUGUAGAACACAUUCGAGUGGUGAGGAACCUUGUAAAGCAUUUACACUACUUUGCAAACAGCAUUAUUGGUGAUUUGUCUGCAAUGGAUGAACUUAAGAGGAUCAUCUUACCAUCCAGUCAGGCAAAGUUGUAUGGAUUCAUGAGACAUACAAUCCAUCACUGGCCUCUUGAUAGCUCAUUCCGUCUCAUACUUGAAACUUGGUUGAGUUAUAUUCAGCCAUGGCGUUACACUGAUUGGCAACACAGGAAUAUGCGAAGCCCUACUGGCCGUGAUAAUGAUGAACAUACCCGCACAGUAGAUCGACAGUGGAUCAACUUCAUUGCUGAGAAUGUCCUCUCCUAUACAGUUAUAUUCAGGCAAUUGUUGCCACGUUUCAAACGACUUGAUCUUACAACUCCCAAAAAUGCACAUAUGCUAUUCCGAGUUACCAAGGUAUUCUCACAACCAAAUUUGAAUACAAUGAUAAAAGAAGUGGAACAUUGUUUGGAUGGUGUGUCAGGAGCACACCUGUCAAAUGAUUCUGUAAGCUCGAGCAGUCCAGAAACCAGUCACCAGGGUCACAAGUGGAGUGCUCUUGUGCGUCAGCAAGUGUUGGAACUGGAAGGACCUGGCUACCAAUACAAGCCAUUGUUUGGUUCUGAGACUGUGUCACAGGUUUUCCAGUUCAUGUUAUUAAUUCAAAGGGCAAUUGAAACUGCCCAUAACCUACAGCUCCACUUGGAAACAGUAUUAAGGAAUCGCUCAUCAAGUUUCUUUGCUUCUUUGAAGAACUUCUUCUCCAGCCAAAGUGACUCAGAUGAGUACUCCUUGGAAGAAAGAAGAAAGGUGUCAGCCUAUUUGGGAACAUGUUUGUGUUACGUGUCCAACAUUUUUGAGAUUGACUCUGCCAGACUGCCUAAUGUGAGUUCUGCAAAUGACCAUGAUGCAUUCAAUUCUUGUAACACAUUAUCAUCAAGACAUGGAACAUCAGGCUUGUUAGAGGGAGAAAAUACCUCGAUGGAAGCAUCUCCGUUCCGAAGCCUAGGCAGCACCUCAGUCUCACCUUUGCUGGCAUCGCGAGAUUGGAAGGAACGGAGAAAAUGUAUUAAGUAUGAGGGUGAUCCUGACCUUCAGCCAAUUAAGAGUACUGAAAAUGCAUUUCUUGUCAGACUGUUACAUCAGAUAACAUCCAAAUUGAAUGAAAUGUACACCCUAGAAAUGUGCCACUUGUAUGAGCAGCGUGGAUUGUUGGGGUGCAUUGCUCGUCAACUACUGUGUCCACCUAUGAUAACACGUGCCUACGACAAAAAUAGUACUAGUGAAUAUGCACCCCGUGUGGAAAUGGUACUACCGCCUCGUCUCAGCCUGCGUAGUUUUGCUAGUCACCGUACUAUUGCAUACUUGUUGGUAGGCAUGGGACUGGCUUGGGUGUUUGGUUAUGGACCAGCUGCAUUCAUCUUUAUUUUACUUUUUUUGUGUCUGUUUUGUAUGUUAUUAAAAGCAGUCCUUGAGCCUUGGUUUGGCUCAACACACCGUAGUGUCACAGUUGAUGCACUACCAUCGCCCAUCAACCAAAGUGACAUGUCAUUCUCUGAAUUUUGAAAAUAAUCAUCGCUCUUCAGUGUUGGUUGCCAGAAGUGAUAUAUUAGAUGAAAAUGUGUAUAGACAAUACAGAAAAUUAUGUUAUGGCAACUCCAAGGUCAUUUAAAUUGCUGACAGUGUUUCGAUGUCAGUAUACAUGGUUGAGGCUUCUUUGUUCUGAUAUUUCUUUCAUAACCAAGUUAUAACAGUGUUUCCCACAGGUUACAAGCAGCCAGAACAUACAAUAUAAUAUUCAUGUAAUUGAAAAACCAAAUAUUGUAAUAAAACAACACUGUUGAAGUAUAAAUAUAACCUGUAAAAUACUGACAAGAAAUUACAUGUAAAAAACAAUGUGAGUACUCCAUAUUAUUAAAUUAAUGGGACCAACGUUUUUUGCUAUGAAAUAGAAUAUUUCAUGUAUGUAAUUGUUGCAUACUUCUUUAAUAAUAUUCAUUGUCACUUUCAGGGCUGGUUAUACUGUAGUCUUCCCACUUAAGACUUCUUCCUGGAUAAUAAUAAAUAACUAAAGAUAGUCCAUUAUAGUUCUAGGUUUCUGUUCUUAACCCAUUUGUGGCCACCAUUCAGCUACUUGUGCUUAGUCUAAUGUAUACUCACUGGCAGGUCUCCACAAACCUGAUGCAGUAAGACCUCACUAAUUGAGACCAGCUCAUUACUCAACAGUAAAUUUCUAGUUUCUUCAGAAAAGACAAUAUGGUUGGGGAGGUUUUCUAUUCACCAUAUUUAUAUCCCAGUACCAUAUAAGUUAACAUAUAUUGGUAAAUUGUAAAUAAAUGUGCUUGCUUUAGUAAACUGUGACUUGAAAUAUUUACAUAUAAUUAUAUUAUAUAAUUUUUGUCCACUAAUUCAGGUUACCCAUCUCCCUGUUAGUUCAAAUUAGUGAGAUUUACUGUACAGUGAUGGAAGCCACCUCUAACUUUAAGUGGUGGUUUGCCAGUAAUAAUUUGAAUUUGACAUAUUCUGAACAAGUAAUAUUACCGAUAAAAUUAGGUGUUGCCACAUAAUUUUGAGAUGCCAUUGCAACAUGGUGCCUAGUAUUUGUUAAGCUUUCCUCAUAAGUCAUAAAUACUAAUAUAAACAUAUCAACAUUUAUAAAGAUUCCCACUCUCCUUAUCUACAAUAUAGUGCAAGAUGAAAAAGAACUUCCAUCUUCUUCAAUCUUUCAUCUGUGUUUUAAACUGUAAGUUUUAAAAUUGUAAAAGAUAAUUCUCAGACCUGCGGUUGUAUAUGAUGUGUAGAUUAUGUUUCCACAUUUAUUGAAUAUGAUUUUUUCAAAAGUGCAGUAACAAU